AUUUUAUGGAACAAGUCAAGUAAUUGAAACGAUUUCCCCCCCUAUAAAUACGCUCUUUGUUGAGAGUCCAGAAGAGCAUAAGUGAGACAGUCUGAGCAAGAGCUCGAGCCUUCAGUAUCCCACGCACUAUGGGAACCAGAACUAACCCGCCCGGCUCAAUGGUGGAGUCAUUUCACGGCCUGGUCGUGGUAGACCUCCGCACGGCGGCGCCAUUGCUGGCUACAGCUGUGGCGUUGUACAUCCUCAUAGAGCAGUUGUCAUACCACCGCAAGAAGGGGUCCAUGCCAGGGCCGCCGCUCGUCGUCGUGCCAUUCCUCGGCAGCGUCACGCACUUGUUCCGCGACCCGGUCGGAUUCUGGGACUUGCAAGCGACGCGUGCUAGCAAGUCCGGCGCUGGGCUCACCGCGGACUUUCUCUUCGGCCGGCUUAUGGUCUUCAUCCGUGACUCGGAGCUGUCCCGCCGCGUGUUCGCCAACGUCCGCGCCGACGCCUUCCACCUUGUCGGACACCCGUUCGGCAAGAAACUCUUCGGCGACCACAACCUCAUCUACAUGGUCGGAAAGGAGCACAAGGACCUGCGCCGCCGGAUCGCGCCCAACUUCACGCCGCGCGCGCUAUCCACCUAUGCUGUCAUCCAGCAGCGUGUCAUCCUCUCCCACCUCCGGCGGUGGAUCGACCGGAGCGUUGCUAACGGCGGUAAGGCCGAGCCCAUACGGGUGCCCUGCCGCGACAUGAACCUCGAGACAUCGCAGACGGUGUUCGUCGGGCCGUACCUCACCGUGGAGACGAGGGAGAGGUUCGAUAGGGAUUACAACCUCUUCAACCACGGUUUCAUAACCUUGCCCAUCGACCUGCCAGGGUCCGCGUUCCGGCGCGCGAGGCUUGCCGUACCGCGGCUGAAGCAUAUUCUCGAGGACUGUGCACGUCAGAGCAAGCAGCGCAUGCGCGGCGGCGGCGAGCCGGAGUGCCUUGUGGACUACUUGAUGCAGGAGACGGUUCGUGAGAUCGACGAGGCCGCGGCGGCGGGGCUGCCGCCGCCACCGCACACCAGUGACAUGGAGACCGGGAACCUCUUGUUUGACUUCCUCUUCGCGGCUCAGGACGCGUCCACCUCCUCCCUAUGCUGGGCCGUGUCCGCGCUGGACUCCCACCCGGACGUGCUCGCCCGCGUCCGAGCUGAGGUGGCCGCUCUCUGGUCGCCGGAGUCAGGCGAGCCCAUCACUGCCGAGAUGAUGACGGAGAUGAAGUACACCCAGGCGGUGGCGCGCGAAGUUGUCCGGUACUGGCCUCCAGGCCCGGUGGUGCCGCACAUCGCCGGCGAGGCGUUCCAGCUGACGGAGCAGUACACUAUACCCAAGGGCACCAUAGUGUUCCCGUCGGUGUACGAGUCGUCGUUCCAAGGGUUCCCCGACGCUGGCACGUUCGACCCGGAGCGCUUCUUCUCGGAGGCGCGGAGGGAGGACGUGGUGUACAAGCGCAACUUCCUCGCGUUCGGCGCCGGCCCGCACCAAUGCGUCGGGCAGCGCUACGCGCUCAACCACCUCGUCAUUUUCAUGGCUCUCUUGGCGUCUCUCAUCGACUUCCGGCGUGAGAGGACGGAGGGCUGCGACGUGCCGGUGUACAUGCCGACCAUCGUGCCGAGAGACGGCUGCGUCGUGCACCUCAAGCAGCGGUGCGCCAAGUUACCAUCGUUCUGAGCUGGUUAUUUUCCGUCACCCAUCAAUUUCUCCACGGCUGCACCUCCACUGCAUGUGCGUUCCCUGUACUGUUCACGGGUGUAUUCUAAAUUCUCAAGGAAAUAUCGAUAUCCUUUAUUUGUAUGUCAUAUAAAUGGUUACAAAAUAAAACUAAAAACACAACAAGUUAAAUUAACAUAUGAGAAAACCAUUCUACAAAUAUACAAGUUAAAAUUUAACUUUUACAAGUUAAAAAAAAAACUAUGAACGUAUAUUCACACUUAAAUUUAUUUUUUUCGUUGCAAUUGG